AUGCGCCCGUCGGUCGAGCCGGCCGAAACGCAUCAUGAUGGAAACAUUCUCCAGAGCCGCGGAUACAGAGGUUGGAAACUCGAAAGAUGGACCGCGAUGGCCCGUAAAUGGAUACGCCUGGGCCUCGAGUUGUCUCUCUCCUCACGGAGGAUUGGCGUUCUCUUGGCUGGUGCAAGCACCGCCUACACACCAGUUUCAGCUGACCUCCCCAGGGCAAGCUAUCAAGCCCUGUUCCCUUCUAUAACCAUCAUAUAA